UUCUGUUUAUGCCAUCGUUUGCGUCUGUGUUAUUUCGAUUGCGAGAGCCAGUUAACAUUAGUUAAAAUUAAAACAAACGCCAGGCAGAAGAUAUAAUCGAAUUGCGGUUUUUUUUUUAUGUUCUUCUCGUACCGAAUUUCCAUCCACAUCCGCAUCCACCAUCCACCAUUCCGUUCGUCGUUAUCCGUCGGAUAUGUUGUUCUAUCGCUGUACCGUACAAGUUCGUACCCAGUCCAAAUGCAAACAGAUUGCGCCGUGUGCCGGUAAAAAUAAGCGCUAAGUUUGGGAAAAACCAUCAACAUCAGAUGAUGUGCCUCGAACUUUUCGGGGGAAAACGGCGACAAAUCGCUUGCGGAAAAUAGCCUGGAGGGUAAACGAAUAAGGGGAAAAGUCGCGUAUUUAAUGAAAUAUAAAUUAAUGGGUUCGCUUUAGCACAAUACGACGGUGUAUUCGGAUUCGGAAUCGGAUUUGGCUAACGGUGUACGGUGUACGGUGUACGGUGUGUUGUGUAAACAAAGUUGUAGUUAUAGUUUUAGUUUAAUUAGCUUCGCAUAAGCUGCAACCGGAUCUGAAUCAGACCGUGGCAAGGAAAAUAAUAAUUGCAUUUCAUGUAUGCCAGUGUAAAUUUGCGUUCGUGUGUGCUAAGUUUACAUACAGAGAGUGGAUAGUGUGGUUUCUAGUAUCCCUAUCCGAUUCGCGCCGUUAUUGUUAAUGCGCAGUGCAUUUAUUAAGGAAUCACUCUGAUAUCAGAACAACCUUUAAAUACCGUAUUAAAUCAAAAUGAAUAACAAGAUAUGGUGGCGAAUUCCGCCGAACAAUCGACUCGAGCGACUAUAUUCGGUAAACAGCUCCCAAGUGUAAACUUGACUCCCAUUACCACUGUGUAAAUACCAGAAAGUAAACCCAAAAGAACAAUAAUACUACUGUGGAGAACAAAAAAAAACAACAAAAACAACAAAAAACGCACGAUACACUUAUUUGGAAGUGGAUUUAAGUUACAGUAAUGCCAGCCAAUGAACGACCAAUUGCGAUACAAUACAAAAACAUAAGCGAAAGGCAAAUAAAUGCAAAUUAAAACCGAAAAAAAGCUAACAAAAAAAAAACCGGGCAAUUGGUCAUGCAUGUAAAUCGCGAAAGAUAAACAUAAUCCAUAUAAUAUCGUCCAAGUUGCGACGGUGGAAAAUGUGCAGUGCGGUUAUAUCCUAAAAAUGGAUCUGUUUCUCUUCUUCGAUCCCUGCAAAGUCAACGAAAAAAGUCCCCCCAAGAAGGUGCUGUGAAUGCCCAGCAAUCAGCACUCCAUCUAGAGAUCCUAAUCUUCGCCAGCUUUCGGAUCCCCACACAACUCGACGAUAUCCUGGCCAAACGGAGCAGCAGCCAUAAGUAGCAUAUAAUCCUGGAGCUUCACACCAAUGCGAUAUGGAUUGUGAUUACUCGAAGUUUCUGUACAAAAUUGGACCCGGCACCAUACCAUCACCGUGGACACCAGUGAAUGCCGGUCCUCCAGGUGCACUUGGAUCGGCAGACACAAAUGGCAGCAUGGUGGAUAGCAAAAACCUGGAUGUUGGUGAUAUGAGCGAUGACGAAAAGGAUCUAUCUUCCGCUGAUGCCGAAGGUGUAUGGAGCCCAGAUAUCGAGCAGAGCUUUCAAGAGGCUUUAUCUAUAUAUCCGCCGUGCGGACGUAGAAAAAUCAUUUUAUCCGACGAGGGUAAAAUGUACGGUCGCAACGAACUAAUCGCACGAUAUAUAAAACUGCGCACAGGCAAGACGAGAACCCGGAAACAAGUCAGCUCGCACAUUCAAGUGCUAGCUCGGCGAAAACUCCGCGAGAUCCAGGCGAAAAUCAAAGUGGAAACCAAUGGUGUGUCUUUGCAUUUAUUAAAUGAGAAAGAACAAACGUUGCAGGUCAUGAGCACAAUGACCAGUUCGCAAAUCGUGUCCGCCCAAGCGGCCAACAAUCUGGCAUUGGCUGCCUCCGCAUUAUCGGCAGCAGGUGGUGGUGGUGGUGUUGGUGGUGUUGGUGGUGUUGGUGGUGUUGGUGGUGUUGGUGGCGUCCACCACACCACGAGGCAUCUCAAUCUCAGUCUACCGCCACCCCCCACCCACCAUAGACACUCGUCGGCGGCGGCAGCAGCUGCUGCAGCAGCCGCAGCAGCAGCAGCAGCCGCAGCAGCGGCAUUAGGCAGCAAUGUCCCUUCAGCCGCGUUGGUCCCUCCCGGACCGUCGGUUAUGGCGUCUACCACGUCGUCGUCGUCGUCGUCUGCAUCACCUCGACAGCAGCAACAGCAACAGAUACAGCAACAACAGCACCACUACCACCACCCAGCCCACCACCACCACCACCCAGCCCACCACCACCACCAUUCCCAUCCCAAUUUGACGCACCUACCGCAUAGUCAUAUGCAUCCACACCAUCACCAACAUGCGGCAGCCGUUGCAGCGGUGUACCAUCUACAGCAGCAGCAGCAGCAACAGCAACAGCAGCAGCAACUGCAGCAGCGGCCAAACCAUACGGACAACGAUCCAGUGGCACUGGGUACUGGUGGGCCAACUGAGGCGCCGCCAGCACCACCAGCGCCACCACCUCCUCCGCCGCCGCCGCUGCACCAUCCGCCGUUGUAUUCUGGCCAAUUCUGGCAACCUGGACUACAGCCGAGCACGUCCCAAGAUUUCUAUGAUUACAGCAUCAAGCCCUUCCCCCAGCCACCGUAUCCAGCUGGCAAAACGUCGACUGCGGUUUCCGGCGACGAAACUGGAAUUCCGCCCUCACAAUUGCCCUGGGAAGGACGAGCCAUUGCCACGCACAAAUUCCGCCUACUCGAGUUUACGGCGUUCAUGGAAAUCCAGAGAGAUGAUAUUUAUAACCGGCAUCUAUUCGUUCAACUUGGCGGCAAGCCAUCCUUUUCCGAUCCAUUGCUUGAGACUGUUGAUAUACGGCAAAUAUUCGACAAGUUCCCGGAGAAAUCUGGGGGACUCAAAGAUCUCUACGAAAAGGGUCCACAGAAUGCGUUUUACCUAGUUAAAUGCUGGGCGGACCUGAACACCGACCUAACAACCGGCAGCGAAACGGGUGAUUUCUAUGGCGUAACCAGCCAAUACGAAAGCAAUGAGAAUGUCGUGCUCGUGUGCUCCACAAUCGUUUGCUCAUUUGGCAAACAGGUGGUGGAGAAGGUGGAAAGCGAGUACUCCCGACUGGAGAACAAUCGCUACGUGUAUCGCAUCCAACGCUCCCCGAUGUGCGAGUACAUGAUCAACUUUAUUCAGAAGCUGAAGAACCUACCGGAACGCUAUAUGAUGAACAGUGUGCUGGAAAACUUUACAAUAUUGCAAGUAAUGAGGGCACGGGAGACGCAGGAGACACUGUUGUGCAUAGCCUAUGUGUUUGAGGUGGCGGCCCAGAACAGCGGCACCACCCACCACAUAUACCGUUUAAUUAAGGAAUAGCAAAAGCUGCACGGAGCAGAGCCCAACCUGUCUGCGAAUCCCAUCAUCAACACACAAGUUCACAAAUAUACCGACAACAACAGCAGCAGCAGCAACAACAACAACAACAACAACAAUAACAAUAAUAGUAUCAAUACGUCUAAGCAUUGCGAUAAUAAGACGAGUAAUGAAAUUG